AUGGGUUCAGUUUGUUGCUGUUUGAAUGUUGAUGAUAUUGAAGAUUAUAUGAAUCCAAAUAGUCCUGUAUACAGGAACUGUGCGUCUCUCAGUUGCUUCACACAGUACUUUUUAACUGUGUAUGCAUCAAUAUUCCGUAGAGGGGAAGUGCAUGCGAUUCCAUCACCUAUACAGGGUUCAGCAUCUAUGACUUCUGCCGCUUCACUUGAUAAUGCUCUAUCUGACAUGUACCGUUCUCCUCCAAGGCCCUUGCCUUAUGAUGCAGACCCCAGGUUUUUCCGUUCACAGCGUGAUGGACUAGUGUCAAGACGAGAGAAGGGUUCAAGUCAUUUGAAUGAAGAGUCAGAACUUCUCCGAGGUGAUUUAGAUGCUGACUCGGAAACUUUAAAUUCGGGUGGUAAAUGGAAUGAUGAUACCAGUGAACAUGGAUCCAAGGAAUACCGUUCUAAGUCCUCUGUGCGACUUUCAUCAGCAAAAUUUACAACUGGAGCUGGGGUUGUCUAUUCAUCCUCAGAAGAGGAGGAUGUCUGUCCGACAUGUCUUGAAGAAUACACUGAAGAGAAUCCGAAGAUAGUGACAAAAUGCUCUCAUCAUUUUCAUCUUGGUUGCAUUUAUGAGUGGAUGGAAAGAAGUGACAACUGUCCUGUUUGUGGGAAGGUGAUGGUAUUCGAUGAAACGACUUAA